GGCGGCCGCGGCCGGGCCUCGCUCCCCGCCCGCUGACACAAAGCGGCUCCAAGAUGGCGGAGGCGGGCGCGGGGAGCCCGCACGGCGGGGACGCGGCGCCGCCGGGGCCGCCCGAGGAGCAGGAGCUGAGCCGGCGCCUCCGCCGCCUCUACCCCGCCGUCAACCAGGACGAGACGCCGCUGCCGCGCUCCUGGAGCCCCAAGGACAAGUACAACUACAUCGGCCUCUCGCAAGGCAACCUGCGCGUCCACUACAAAGGUCACGGUAAAAAUCACAAAGAUGCUGCCUCGGUCAGGGCCACUCACCCCAUCCCUGCAGCCUGUGGCAUUUAUUACUUUGAAGUGAAGAUCGUCAGUAAAGGUAGAGAUGGGUACAUGGGAAUAGGACUUUCUGCUCAAGGAGUCAACAUGAACAGGCUUCCUGGAUGGGAUAAACAUUCUUAUGGGUACCAUGGUGACGAUGGGCACUCCUUCUGUUCCUCGGGGACAGGGCAGCCCUACGGCCCCACCUUCACCACUGGAGAUGUGAUUGGCUGCUGUGUCAACCUCAUCAACAAUACCUGCUUCUACACAAAAAAUGGCCACAGUUUAGGUAUAGCCUUUACAGACCUCCCUUCAAACCUCUACCCUACCGUGGGUCUCCAGACUCCAGGGGAGAUCGUGGAUGCCAACUUUGGGCAGCAGCCCUUUGUGUUUGACAUUGAGGACUACAUGAGGGAGUGGAGGGCGAAGAUCCAGAGCACCAUUAAGCGGUUUCCCAUCGGAGACAGGCUGGGAGAGUGGCAAGCCAUGCUGCAGAAUAUGGUUUCGUCAUAUUUGGUUCAUCAUGGGUACUGUUCAACAGCAACUGCCUUUGCCAGAGUCACAGACACCACAAUCCAGGAAGAACAGACCUCAAUAAAGAACAGACAAAGAAUACAGAAGCUAGUAUUAGCAGGCAGAGUGGGAGAGGCUAUAGAAGCCACCCAGCAGCUCUAUCCUGGCCUCCUAGAACAUAACCCCAACCUGCUCUUCAUGUUAAAGUGCCGGCAGUUCGUGGAGAUGGUGAACGGCACGGACAGCGAGGUGCGCUGCUUCGGCACCCGCAGCCCCCGCUCCCAGGACAGCUACCCCGGCUCCCCCAGCUUCAGCCCCAGGCAUGGAUCGAGCAACUCACACCUUCACAGCACUGGAGCAGAUAGUCCAACCUGUAGUAAUGGAGUCAUGUCCACAAAAAGCAAACAGAGUCACAGUAAAUACCCAGCACUGAGUUCAUCAUCUUCAUCUUCCUCCUCCUCUUCCCCUUCAUCUGUGAACUACUCGGAGUCCAAUUCUACAGAUUCUACCAAAUCUCAGCAGCACAGUAGUACGAGUAAUCAAGAAACCAGUGACAGCGAGAUGGAAAUGGAGGCUGAGCAUUACCCCAACGGAGUCCUGGAGAAUUCCUCCACCAGGAUAAUGAAUGGCACCUACAAACACGAGGAGAUCCUGCAGACAGAUGAGUCCAGCAUGGACAGCUGCCCCCAGAGGCAGCUGUGUGGAGGGAACCACGCUGCCACAGAGAGAAUGAUCCAGUUUGGACGGGAGCUGCAGAUCCUGAGCGAGCAGCUUUGCAGAGAGUAUGGGAAGAACACCAUGCACAAAAAGAUGCUUCAGGAUGCCUUUAGCUUGUUAGCUUACUCAGACCCUUGGAACUGCCCUGUUGGCCAACAGCUGGACCCCAUCCAGAGGGAACCUGUGUGUGCUGCUCUCAAUAGUGCUAUUUUGGAAUCUCAGAACCUGCCAAAGCAGCCCCCGCUGAUGCUCGCCCUGGGCCAGGCCUCGGAGUGUCUGCGGCUCAUGGCUCGCGUGGGCCUGGGCUCCUGCUCCUUUGCCAGAGUAGACGAUUAUUUGCACUGACAGCGAGCGGGACGGAGCUGCCGUCGAGGAGUGCUGCCCUUCCCCCUGUGCUGCUGCCACUCUGCACCACCACCUCGUCCGAUAGCCCGACCUCCCUGCCACCCCUGUAGCACACACACACUGCCCGUGCAAGGACUGAGUGAGGCCCUCAGCGUGUGGCUGCUCCUGAGCCCGGGGAGCCCGGCAGGUCUGACCCAUCUCCCUGCCCUUGCUGCGGCUCCAGCGGCGCUCGGUAUUUCGCUGGUUAUUCUAAUGUAGCACCUUCUGAUGUAGGGAUUUUUCUCUUUUUUUUUUUUUUUUGUUUUGAUUUGAGUUGUUUCUUCAUGGUUCCACCAAUAUUUUAUCUGGAGAGUUUUGCUGAGCUGGUUUAUGCUGAUUUACUGAGGAAGCUCAUCAAGUUGGUGACAGCUUGUUCUUUUCUUCCCUUCUCCCUCCAUCGUGCACAUACAGCAUCAUCCGUGCUAGUAAUCCGAACUCUUCUCACAGUGGCAGUUCAGAGGGAUUUUUUUUUUAAUUUUAUUUGAAUCAUGUUUAUUAAAAAGGUCUCUUCCACCUCCACAAAGUCACUGAUGUAUUUAUUGCCCACAGACUCGGUCCCAGCCACACACACCAUACAGCCCCUCAGGAGGUUGGGUGAGGUAGGUCCUGUCACACACUAGUGAUGGAAAUUGGAGGAGCCUGGUCCUUCAUGGUGCCUCUCUUCGAGCCCAAGGCUCUCAGUCUUGGCUUUGUGAGUGGGAGUAGAAGAUUAACAUUGCCUGCAUUGGUGAUUGUGCUGUAGAAGCAUCUCACAGCCCUGAGAAAGAGUUAAAUCCAGCUCUCUGAACAGCUGGAGGGACAGGACUGAUGAAUAUGAAGUCAUCUGCUGCUGUAUGGUAGAACCAGGUCGUGUGAGUUGGCCAGAACCAUCCGUGGGCAAUGCCCUGGUGGGCUGACAAUUUUUAAUUGAAUAACAAAUCCCCCAUGUUUCUCCAUGGAGGAGGGCUCUGACACUAACUCAGUAAUAACAGUAUUUCCUGCUCUCUCCCAUCUCUGUAACACUGAUCUAAAUGAGCACUUCUGCAUUUUGGAAGUGUCUGGAGAAACCUGGGCUGAGCUGUGCUUGUCCUUGCAGGUGGGACAGGCUGAGGUCAGGUUGCAGGUUGGGGUCAGUACCAGCUCUGUGGGGCCUGAGCCAUUCAGAAAGGAGCAGCAGUGUUUCUUUAGGGAUUAUUAAGAUAAUUGUUGAAGUUCCAGUCCCAAAAGAGGCCAGCAAGGAUCUGUGGGGGAGUAACCUCUGAGUAGAAUGGACUAAUGUGUUUACUGUGAGUGUUUCUGAGGGUGUUCUCUUACCUGGCCAGGCUGCCUGGCAGCACUGUGUGCUUUGCAUCCUCUGCUGUACCUUUAGGAGAUGGCAGGUUCAGCCUGGCAGGUGCUGCACCAAAUUAAUUUUAGGUCAGUACCUCUGGGGAGGACCCAAGGGAGCUCAAACCAAACAUGAAUUUUACUGCUGUUCAGGAAUUUUUUCUUUUGGAAGGUCAAUGAAAGAUGAACAGGUUUUGUUGAGGUUUGUCCUUAAAAUGGAGGUUAGCCUGUGCCAGGGCUUCAAGCACCAAGAGAGUUUGUGUGCCACUGAGAGGAAAAGUAGCAGCAGCCCAAAGCUUUAAGGAUUUUCUGGGUUUGCAGGAUGGAUUUGCAGCUGGCACAUGAGGUCUGAAAUCAAGGCAGAGCAGGGGGCCAGGGCAGGCUGUGGCAGUGAAUGUGCAGAUGGUGCUGGAGGUGGUUGGGAGCUUAUCCCUGCCUUUUGGUGAAGGUGUGCAGUGUGUAGGGGCAGUGGUCUGAGAAGCAGGUGGCUUAGAACUGCAGGAGAUACUUCAGUCAGAUCAUUGGUACAGCUGCAAAAGCAGGGGGAGCUCUACCACAGCCUUUCUUCCAGGGAGACAGAGGCAGAGAGCUGCUCCAAGCAGAAUUCCACUUGCCAGUCUGGGGCUUCUCUUCCAGCUCUUCUCCAGGAGCAGCUCAUGUGCCUGAAAGCUCAUCUGCUGCUUGCAGCUCUGCAGAGAUAACUCAGUGAGAGGUUUCCUUCCCAAAGCCUCAGGUCCCAGACGUGCCAAGGCAGCAGGUGAGCUCUGCCUGGUGGGUUCUCCUGCAGGUUUCCAUUCCUCACACUCAGACUGAGAGCACACUGCUGGGCUGAUUCUGGCUGCUGAGGCUGAAGCACUCCAGGACCUUGCUUUGCCUCUGCUGUUGGUCACCACUUGGAGCAGCCUGGCUGCAGUGAGACCUCUCUCAUCUUCAUAGCAGCACCAUCUUUAUCUUUCUGAGGUUUUUCAAUUCCUUCUCUUUGUGGUUUCUUUAAGCCAAGUUUCUUCAUCAUGUGUCAUGUUAAUGACAUUUGGUCUCUCAGCAAAGCUUUGCUGACUGUCCUAGAGUCCUGACUGUCCUUUUUUUAUUUUGUUUUCACUACCAAAAACCAAGAGAUAUUCCUAGAUAUCUGGUUAUUUUGGUGCCAAGAAGUAUGUGAUGGAUGUUAUUUGGUUUUUUUUAAUUUACUUCAAGUGUUCUGGUGGUUUCACGAGUGGUUUCUGCUUCUUGUACUCAGAUUCUGACUAAUGUGGCCAUGACUCAGACUGGGGAAGAUAAGUGUGUUUGUGGUGGGAUGUAGGUCCCAACCUACCCCUGAUUCCUGGAUGGGAUUUCUGAUGUGGUUUUCUCAGGUUGUAUUUCAAAGCCUCUUGCCUUUGAAUCACCCUGGCUGCUCUUUGAUGGUUCAUGUUAGCUGAAACUUUGAUUAUUGCAGUAGUUUUUAAAAACAGAGCUAAAAUGGAGUCUGUAACACUGAAUGUGGCUGUACACUAACCAGAGGCUACAUGGCAAUUCAAAAGUUACUUCUAUAAAAAUGAUUUGGGUUUUGUUAUUCCAAGUGCCUCAAGCAACCUGGUCACUGCUCCCAGGAGUCCUUCAGUGCAGCCACGUUUUACUGUGGAGCUGCAGGGGAAACUGCUGCUUUCCAUUCCUCUGAGGGGACAAGGGCUCAGCUGCAGCCCUGGUUGCAGUGCUGGUGGCACUGGUGCAGGACUCCAUGGGGUGUGGCUGACUCAGGCUGCCUUCAGAGCCUGGGAGAUUUUCCAGAAUUCAGCUGGACCUGCACAAGCAUUUCUCAGCUCCAGGAGAGGCUCUCCAGCUGUGUGUCCUUCCCAGGACCUGGGAAAUGCCACUGAAUGCUGGCACAACUGAACCUUUUCCACACUCAGUGGGUCUCAGCUGUCCCUGAUGAGCCCAGAGGCACCAUCACAAUCACAGAGCUGUGAUCCAGAGCAGCAAACACACUCCAGCCCUGUGCUCUGGACACCCCAGCCACCUUCCUGCCCUUGGCACUGCAGCAAAGGCCUUGCAGAAGGAAAACAUGUCACAGGGGACCUGGUGGAACCUGAUGGCAGGCCUGCAAGGCUUUGGGUGUGAGUCCAGUGCCCUGCCUGUUAAGUGGCCUUUUGAGAGGAGCAUUUUGGCAACUCCAGACCUGGAGCCUUGGUUAAAGUGUCCUUCAGGGGUUCUGUGGAGAGAGCUCCGUGGAGCUGAAUUGCAUCACAGGCUUCCCUCCCCAUGGACAAGGGUUUGUGCUGCCCCCACAAGCUGAGAGUGAGAGCAUCAAGAAUACGUUGGGAGAACCUUGGAGUGAGAUGCACUGGAGUAGCUGGGAUAAGUGUUUCUUGGAGGAGUAUCCACCUCAUACACCUGGUAUCCAGCCUGUGACCAUCUUAGUGGUUCUGCUGGGUGCAUUCCAGUUUGUGGAUAUCUUUCCUGUAGCAGGGGUGCCACAUCUUGUUCCUGCUGUUCCUCUUGGAACCAUCUUGUUCCAGAUGAUUUCUCUUGCUGCUCCAUGAGCCUACCCUAGCAAGUAUUUAACCAAAGCUAUUCCAAGACUUAUAGGGUUGAGAGAGCUCUCAGUCAAGCUCUCCUGUGAGCAAGGAGGGCAGCAAUCUAAUUCCUGUGCAUCCUGCAGUGUGUUCCCAGAGCCAGCCACUUUUGGGAAAACUUCCUACUGCUACCAGCAAUCCUUCCUUGCUUCUCUGCCUCCCACAAUCCCAGUAUUCCCCAGCUGCAUGGCAACAGUGGUGUUUGCAGUGCUGUGGGAGCUGCUCCACACCAGGGCCAGCUCUGUGCCUCAUGUCUGUGGCAAGCAUGGAUGUGGCAGCUCCACCUGCCCUUCCUGGCUUGUUCUGCCCUGCUAAAGGGGUGGGUCCACGUGUGACAGUCCCUUUUUGCCACCCAUCUGCCAUUCCUCUGGAGUCUGUUGGGAGCAGAGCCCUGGUGUGUGGCCAGCAGAGCAGAGAGGCACAGGGCAGUGCACAGCAUCCAGCCCUUCAGGGGAGCUUGUCCAGUGGAUGCUGUCCCUCAGCCCAUGGGAGCCAAAGCUGGAGCUUGUUGCCUUGGGAUGUGUGAUAGGUGUGGUGAAAGAUGGCUGCUGCUACAGCCUCUUUCUGUUUCCAGCACCUGGUGGUCCUCCCUGUGCUGCUGCCCACUGGAUUUGGACACAGGAGGUGCAGCUGUGGCUGGCAUGGAGAAUGGGCCCCUCUGGGAGCAUCAUUCCUCAUGAUUACUUACACCCAGGAUCUUCCCAUAUCCUUCCUUCUCUUUUUCACAGUGACAUCUCAAUCUGUCCUCAAGCUGUGUCCUUGUUUUUCACAUUUUAUUAAGGCAUCUUUACCAUUCUUUAAAUAGCUUUGUUCUUGAGGCUGCCUUGAAAAAUUGGAGCAACCAGAGGUGCUGGAGGUAGUUCUAGGGAACUAGGUUCUAGGGAAAAUGUGCCAUUUUCCACCUUGGGAAUCAGGGAUGAUGAACAUCUCCUCCUUCAGCAAAGCAAGCUGGGCUGGAUUGCAGCUGUGCUUUGGUUCCUGUCUGUGUUAGCAUGUAGCACAUGCUGCUCAGACACACCCUGCAGAGUUCUGCUGUCCUGGGUUGAUGGAGAAGGUGACCUGUGGCAGCCAGGCUGCAGAGCAGUGUGCCAGUGCCAGGAAGCUGUGUGGGGCACCACAUGGGAUCAGGAAGUUCUCCCCAUAAGCAGUGCAGACUGACCUGUCCUGUGGCAGCAGGUGGAGAGAAAGGUCCCUCAGACUCCAGUCCUGGGGCAGUGAGGCCCCAUGGAGCUGGUGACAGCCUGGGAGAAGGAGCAAGGCUCCUGUUCCACCCAGGAGAGCCCUUUGCAGGGGAGCAUCUUCCUUCCAGCCCUGCCAGUGUGAGAGCAGCCUCAGUGGAGGGGCAGGAAGAGCAGGUGCUGGGUCUCCAGCUGUACCAAGGUGUUUCUGUGUGGGGACAUGCCAGGGGACGUGCUGGGUACUGCUGGGACCCUUCUGCCCCAGAGGGGUGAGUGAGGGAGGGAACUGCAAUCCAGCAGUUCUUGGUCAGAUCCAGAGCUGUCUGUGAGCCUUGUCCCGUGUGCUGUGUGGGGCAGAGCUGGAGGAAGUGUUGCUGGGGCUGUGUGAGGGCAGCUACAGCAGAUUUGGGAGGAAAAGGGAGGAGUUGAGAGCCUGGAGACCUCUUGUAUACAGCACUAGCUGCUCUCCACCAUCCUUCCCUGCAACAAGAGGGAGCAGGUGAUGGAUGAGUGAACCUGGCAUGUCUGUCCCUCUCCCCACAUCCCAAACCAAAGCUCAGAGCCUGCAGCUUGAGCUGGAGCAGUGUCCAGCAAGCCAGGGCAUCAUCCAGGCUUGAGGCGCACACAGUUCUUUAUUUCUAGGAGGGAAGCUUAACUCUCCUGCUCGCAGGAAACUCACAAGUCCUGUGUGGAAUUCACACUCACAGAAACAUUCCUGGAAGCCAUGCAAACCUCUGCUCCUUGCUGAAGGUCCCAUGGCCAGGCAGACACCUUUUCUCUGGUCACUCCACUUGGAUCCAGGGGUGUGCUUGGACGUUUUUGCUCGGGAGGACUUCAGCCACAUCCUUCCUCCAGAAGGGAGCACAGAGGGAUUUUUGUAUGCUGGGCUUCUCACAGGCUUAGACUUGGAGAAAAGAGAAGCAGCAGCAGCUCUGGGGAUAAUCCAGAUUUUAAAGAAAAUUUGAAAAUCACACAUAUGGUGACUUCCAGACCAAGGACUGCACCGGCGCUGGAUCGGGAUCGUGUCUCGGUCCCACCUGUGCAGCUGGGGAGGCAGGAGGAGGCUGCGGCCCCUGAAGCUCUCACACACAGCAGUGCAAGCCCCAGGACCUGCCCAGCACGCAGUGAACUCUCCUCUCCUGCUGGUUGCUCAAAACUCAGGUAUGAAAUGCCCAGCUGGAGCAGGGGGUGCGAGGUUUCCCGGCAGCCCUGGAGGAGCGGCCGCCGCUGGGCACAGCUCCCUGUGCACCCCGGGCUCCUCCAGGCCUUUGGAGGGAGUUCCACCUCUCUGGUACAACAUUGGCUACGUGGACGUUACACAAACUCUGCACAUUGGUUCAGUCUACGCUUAGUAUUUGUGAAUUAAGUUAUCUGAUGCUUCGCAUGAAAACUUCAAAAAAGGGGCUCGGGGGGGGUGGAUUUUAACUGAGAAAAAGCCUAUGAAAAUAUACUGGAAAUAUGGUAAAGAAAUCGACAUUCUGCUGUAUAUUGACAGAAUUAUUUUUAUUAAAAUACACAUCCAUGUGCAAGA